AUGCCUCAAGAACAGCAAGGGAAAUCUAAUGCAGAAACUCAGCCUCUUCCUAAUGAUCAGUGGUCAAACCGGAUGCUGCAAAAUCAUGAGGCCAUGCUUCAAAGUCAUGGAGCAAUCUUAAAAAGCUUAGAGACACAAAUGGGGCAGAUUGCAUCCUCUCUUAGCAAUAGACUGGUGGGAACUCUUCCUAGUGAUACUGAAGCACCAAGGAGAGAGGGAAAGGAAUUUUGUAAGGCUCUCCAUUUGAGAAAUGGAAGAGAGGUUGAACAACCAGAGCACGUUAUUAGGCCUUCUACCUUGAGGAAGUUGGCAGAAAAAAAUGUUCAACCAAUUGAAGAAGAGGAAGAGCCUAAUGUAAUUGAAGUGCAAGAUUCAGAAAAUAACAAGGAGCAAGGUGAUUUGGGAAAAACAGAAAAAUCAGCACCUAAAUCAAAGGAGCCAGCCAAACCUAUACAGCAAAAUGAAGGCAUUUCACCAAGAUCAAGGGCAAGGCAGAUUCCAUUCCCACAAAGGCUACAAAAACAGAACCAGGAGCAGCACUUUAAGAGGUUCUUAGACAUCCUCAAGCAACUCCAGAUCAACAUUCCAUUUGUGGAGGCCCUUCAACAUAUGCCAAGCUAUAUCAAAUUCAUGAAGGACAUCCUAUCAAGAAAGAGGAGAAUAGAAGAGUUCGAAACAGUGGCACUUACCAAAGAAUGCAGCAGCAUUGUCUCUACAAAAGUACCUCCUAAAAUGGAGGAUCCAGGUUCUUUUACUAUAUGUGUUGUAGGAGAUAGGUAUAUUGGUAGAGCUUUAUGUGAUUUAGGCUCUAGCAUUAAUUUGAUGCCUGCUUCUAUUUUUAAGCAAUUAGGUACAACAUUAACUCUCCAAUUAGCUGAUAGGUCUAUUGUAUACCCUGAAGGAAAAGUGGAAAAUAUUUUAGUAAAAGUGGAAAAAUUUAUUUUUCCAGCUGACUUCAUUAUCCUUAAUUGUGAAGUUGAUGAAAAUAUUCCUAUUAUAGUAGGAAGACCAUUUUUAGCUACAGGGGGUGCAAUGAUAGAUGUUAAAAAAGGAGAGUUAGCAAUGAGGGUAAAUGAUGACACUAUGACCUUUAGUGUUUUUAAAGCCAUGAAAUAUGUAGAUGAUGAUGUUGAUGUUUGUUCUGCUAUAUCUGUAAUUGAUAAUUUAGUUGCUGCCCAUUUACACGAAAAUUUUGAAAUAAAUGACUCUGCAUGUGAUUCUGCCAUUUUUGAAUUUUAUGAAAAUAAUGCAUCUAAUCAUGAUCAUGCAUGUGCAUUGAAGUCUUAUCCUACUAAGUUCUUUGGUGAUAAACAUUUUGAGUCCUUAGGACUUCAUAAGAGAAUCACCAAACCUCUUAAACCUUCCAUUGUGGAACCACCUAAAGUGGAGUUGAAAGAACUCCCAACUCACCUUAAAUAUGCUUUUCUAGGAAGAGAUAAUACCCUCCCUAUAAUUGUAGCUGCUGCCCUCAAAAAUAAUGAGGAGAAUCAGCUCCUAAAUGUGCUUAAAAACCACAAGAAAGCCAUUGGUUGGACCAUGGCUGAUAUUAGAGGCAUUAGCCCUUCUUUUUGUAUGCAUAGGAUAAGGCUAGUUGAUGAAAAUGCCAGUUCUAUUAGCCUCAAAGAAGGCUCAAUCCAACCAUGA